GAGGAGAGGAGGAGUUGGGUUUGAGCACCGCGACCCGCUGCGGGUUAAAUACAGAAGAAGAUGAGCUCAAACUUUGGCACUUUGGACCUUCAUUCGUCAUCUUCACGUCCUGAAGCGUCGCCGCGCGCGCACUGAGAAACAUCCACAGCGGCACUCAGGGAGGCAGAUUUUCGAACCUGGACUCUUCUUCAUGUCCCAGUGAGAGGAGAGCUCGGAGCCCGGUUCUUCAUGCUCCGCGUUAUUGCUGUUCAAUGGCCGCUAAACUGGGAACGGACUGUGAGCCGCGACAGCACCCCGAGCUCGAACCCUUGGAGCGACCGGACGCGCAGAGGACGCCGGGAGGGCCCGUGCGCAGCCCGAAAUGCGCGCGCUGUCGGAACCACGGCGUCGUGUCGCGUCUCAAGGGCCACAAGCGCGCGUGCCGCUGGCGUGAGUGCCGAUGCGCGAGCUGCGUCCUGGUGCUGGAGAGGCAGCGCGUGAUGGCCGCACAGGUCGCGCUCCGCAGGCAGCAGGCCGGAGAGAGUAAGAAAACUCCAAGAAGUGCUCCUUUCCUGAGACGCCAAGCCUACCAACGCUACACCAAAACACCUAGCCUCCUGGCUAAGAGUAUACUCGAGGGAUGUCAAUCAUCAUCAUCAUCAUCAUCAUCAUCAGAGGACUGGCAGACGAGACUCCACUAUCCUCCACUUAGUGUUAAGAUGAGGAAAAGGAGAGCUUUUGCUGAUAAAGAGCUGGAGAGUGUGAUGCUGGAGCGAGAGCUCAGACAGAGAGAGAUGGAAGACCUGCGUCGAAUUGUCCUCCUUCAGGCCGCUGUGUCUCCAGGUCCUUCACCUUGCUUCUGUCCGCUGUCUGAUACAGCCAUACCCGGCUACAUGCCCGUGUAUAAGUCCAGUCCAGUGGUGUUUGAAUGUGACCUCCACUGCCACACACAGGAGUUCAAAGCCAUGUCUGGAGACCACUGUCCUAAGGAAAUCCUCACAACACAGAAUUUUUCUCCAUCCCUAAAAUCAUGGGACGCCUGCAGUGGGACCGAGUCGUGUCUGGAAUCUGUUCCUCUGCCCCUGUUUCAAAGCUCACACUAUUAUUGUUGCAAAACGAGAAGAAAUACAGAGGCAGAAAGAGUCCCUGCUGACUCGUCUCACAGCACGCCACAGAGUGCUGGUGCUGACAGACUGGAUGUCACGUCCAAGCGAGACAGCGCUGGUUUUCUGUCCGAGGCGAAGGUGCUGUCACAGACUGAGCAGCCAGGAAAACAAUGCAGAGCAUCAGGGCUUAAAUCACUCACACACGAGGACUGGGCCACUAAACCCAACCCAAUCAAGAAUAGGAGGCUCUUACCUUUUUCUGUUGAGGCUUUGCUGAUGAGAUGAUAAGAAGAAGUAUUCGCUGUAGAAUCGACUUGGUUUUAUAGAUUUAGUGGUUUAUUUUUCUAGAAUUUUUUAUAGAGGAAACCAUGUUGCACGUGUUACUCUGAAACUGCAUAAUUAGGUUUAAUACAUUGUAAAAAUAUGCCUUAGGUUGUAUAUUGUGUGCUAGGUAAUUCUAAGUAUAUUUUUAUUUUUAUUUAUUUUAUUAUUAAUCGUGCAUUCAUACAACAGCUACAGCUUACAUUUACACCUAAGCUUUAUUUCCCCCUGAUUAUAUAAUAACCAUAUAUUUGUACUGGCUUAUAAAGAUACAUAAAAGUACUCUUUUGUAUAGUUUUAUUUUAAUUCAUGCACAGAGGAAGGUAUACCAUUAAGGCACAUGUACAGCAUAUAGUGAAAUGCAAACAGUAAUGUUCAUCUUUUAUGCAUUUAAACAGCAGGAGGAUCAUUUUAAUUGUGUGUGAUUAAAAAUGUUCGUCAGCGAAAAACCCUGGAUUUUUUUUUUACAGAAAUGACAAAUAAAGAUAAAAAGCCCUGA